AUGCACUUGUUACGACUCCCAGCCGAGAUAUUGCUCGAGAUCGCCGCCGAGCUCAACGACGAAGGCGACAUUAGCAGGUUUUCCCGAACAAACACAUGGCUCCGGUCGGUCCUAGAUGGAUUCCUCUACAAAUUCGAUGCGCAAAUCAGACAUGGCAAGGAUAAGGAUGCCAAGGGUCGCUUAAUUGCCCUGCACUGGGCUACGUUGUUCGGCAACUUUGGCAUACUCGACAAGGCACUCCGUGCUGGUGCGAAUAUCGACUGCAUAUUCAGCACAGGUGAUGUUUCAUUGCCUUUGUCAGUUGGAUUUUUUCGUGGCCGAACGCCGUUUCAUCAGGCAGUGUUGGCGGGAAACGGCGCAAUGGUAAAAUGUCUCUUGAAAUUGAACGCGGAUGUGAACAAGAUUAGCGGAUGGUCCCGCUCGCCGAUCUUCUGCGCAAUAUCUGGAGGUUUUUCUGAAAUAUUUGAGGCCAUCUUUGAGAGUCCUGGCUUUGAUCCAAACAGCGCAGACUAUGCCAACGAAAGCCCGCUUCGGAGCGCUGUGAAAUGGAAUAACCUGCCGGUUGCCCAUCAACUUUUGAACUUACUUGAUAAGCGCGAUACAUAUCACUACUCCACUGAAGGUCUCAUCCAUAUUGCGGUUUCAAAAGGGAAUUUGGACAUGGCCCGAUGCCUCCUGGAAAGCAACCACGUUGAUCCAGGACUGCUGUCUAGGGGUCCUGUACCAAGUGGAGGCACCGUUUAUCACGAAACCGCCUUCUCUGUUGCGUGCAGGAUAGGCUAUAUCGAAAUGGUCAGGCUUCUCUUUAAUCACGGCGUUGAAUUUAACACUGUGUGCACUAUUGGCCUGUCCCCUUUUGGCUAUGCAAUGUCGGGAUGCCACGAGGAUGUCAUUCUGUUCCUGCGUGCCGAUAUUACCGGGAGGGUCGCCUACAACAGCGACCGUGUAUUUGUUUGGGCAGUUCGCCACUAUGUUUAUCGCGUCGCCAAGUUCUGUAUUCGAAUCGCCGUCAUGAGCUAUGAACGGAUGCGAAGCUGGUGUGAAGAGGCAGAACGUCUUUCGUGGUCGGAAUUGGUAGGCAUAAUCAAGCUGAGACACCAGGUAUGCAUGUUACUCCCGAGCAGCUAG